AUGGUUGAUUCCCUGGUGACGCCGCCAUCAUCAUCGACAGUUGGAAUAAAUCAGAUGAUGGGUGCAACACAAUCAAACGAAAGCGAUGAAUUAUGCUACCUCGAUCCCAAGGUUAUGCAUGCGUUGUCUAGAGACACCUCGAGCGUUGCUCGUGCUCGACAACCACCUCCACAAGAUGUUAUACUUUUCGUAAUUGGUGGAGGCAAUUACGUGGAAUAUCAAAAUCUUGUUGACUACGGAAAAUUGAAGAAUUUGCAACGUGUCACAUACGGAUGCACAGAGCUCGUUAAUCCAAGGCAAUUUACCGAUCAAGUAAGUCUACUUUGGGUAUGCGAGUGCGGUUGA